AUGAAGUUUCUAUCGAUCUAUUAUGCGCCUCUGCAUCUAGCAUUGGGUAGACCUCAUACAAUAACUAACAAUCACAAACACUUUUUUGAUUAUGGAUCCAGUACCGGAAAUUCAAUGCGUAAGCUUAGUAUUCAAUGUGUAUUCCUGAACAAGAAACUGAGAUGA